AUGAGUACUACUGUCCCUAAAUUGCUAUUUUUACAUGGUUUCUUACAAAAUGGUAAAGUUUUCUCUGAAAAAUCUUCUGGUAUUAGAAAAUUAUUGAAGAAAGCUAAUGUUCAAUGUGAUUAUAUUGAUGCUCCAGUGAUCUUAGAUAAAAAAGAUCUUCCAUUUGAGAUGGAUGAUGAAAAAUGGCAAGCUACUUUAGACGCUGAAGUUAAUAAAGCUUGGUUUUAUCAUUCUUCAAUUUCUAAAGAAUUGGAUUUAUCUGAAUCCAUUAAAUUUGUUUCCAAUUACAUCAAAGAAAAUGGUCCAUACGAUGGUAUAGUUGGUUUCUCUCAAGGUGCUGCUCUAUCUACUAUUUUAACUAAUAAAAUCACUGAAUUGGUUCCAAACCACCCAAACUUCAAAGUCAGUUUAAUCAUUUCCGGUUACUCCUUCACUGAACCAGAUCCAGAAAACGAAGGUCAAUUGAGAAUCACAGAAAAGUUUCAAGAAAGUUUCACUCCAAACACAGAUAGUAACACCAAAUUAUUAUUUAUCUAUGGUGAAUCCGAUCAGGCCGUCCCAUCCAUUAGAUCCAAAUACUUACAUGACUUGUACAAGUCGAAACUACCAACCGAAAAACAUGAUCUAUUGAAGUCAUUUCCACAUCCUGGUGGUCAUAUGGUUCCAAAUAAGAAAGAUAUCAUUAGACCACUUGUUGAAGAAAUCACAUCAGCAUUAACUGUCACUGAGUAA